AUGUUGAGCUGGAAGCUUUUUCUCCUGCGAGAGUGCGCUCUCGAACAGCUCAUCGUCGACAAAUUCAGGUGUGUACUUUGCGGUGAUGGUAUAUUGACAAGCAUCGAAACUGAACACUACGCGAGAGCGGGAGCCUUAAAAAGAACACUGGUACAUUUUAUCGCCAAAGAUCCAAUUGUGAACAUCGCUUGUAAUAUUCGAGUUUUAAGCUGCUGUGGAUGUGCUGAGCGUUCAUGUGAGCGGCAUCCGGUACUGACCAUGAUACCGUAUGUUAGCCAUUCACUAAUCUGUCCAGUAGCGGCUGCUCCUGCACUUCCUCCAGUUGUGGCAGCACGACCAUCAACGUCAUACUUCCCACUAUGGUUACUAUUACUUCUACUUCUUCUCUUACUGCUAUGCUGUUUGGCACUCUGCCUAAUUCCAUUUCUUCUGUGGCGAAAACGUCGGAAAACAGUAGCGUGA